GUGGUUGGAGGCAAAGUAAAGAAGCCCGGUAAGCGUGGUCGGAAGCCAGCCAAAAUUGACUUGAAAGCAAAACUUGAGAGGAGCCGGCAGAGUGCAAGAGAAUGCCGGGCCAGAAAAAAGCUGAGAUAUCAGUAUUUGGAAGAGUUGGUAUCCAGUCGAGAAAGAGCUAUAUGUGCCCUCAGAGAGGAACUGGAAAUG